AAAUGAAAUGAAAGAGACAAAUGAACAAAGUAGUAUGUGUGUGUGUGUGUGUGUGUGGAAAAACUCCAUUGAUUGUUCUGAUCUCCAUCUCAACCCUUCACACAGACUCCUAGAAUUUGCAAAAUCAAGGAAGGGUGACAAAACUCUACGUGUGGCCAGUUCAGAUGUCCCCGAUCCUGUGGUGCCAGCUGGGUACAAGGCAGUCCUGCAUGACAUCAAACUCGCUAGGCGUGGUCCAGAUGACAGCGUUUACCAGAAGGAGGAGAUGAUACGCAAAAUGAUACCCCGCGGCACCAGCGUAUUGGAGUGGAAGAACACCAAGACCAAUGACACCUGGUGUUCAGUUGUCAUCUAUGCCCACAAGAAAUUCACGGGGGGCAUCGGGGAUGAGGAUGAAUAUCAGCCACAGAACAACGAAGUGUGGCGAUCGUACUUCAUCAAAGACCCAGAUAUGGCAAAGCGAGUGGUGUGCAUGGAGAAAGUGAAUGGGGAGGCAGCUCACAUUGCAGGCAGAUACAUUGAUGGUAACUUUUAUCUCAUUGCUGGAAGCAAAAAUGUUCACAUGGUCAUCAGAGAAAAGAGCAACAUUGACUUGUACAAAGAAUCAAGAUAUGAGUAUGCGAAGAUCAUUGCCAAGACUGUAUGGGACACUCUGGCCUCCUUAGACCAGCAGAGGCAGCACCUGGUGAGAAGCCUCCUCCACCACACCAAAUGCACCUUUGUCGGGGAGAUCUUGCAGCCACAGAAUCAGCACAUUGUUAACUUGAGCUACUUGAGCAAGCCAGAAAUAAGCUUCAUCUCCAUGACCCCCACCUUCACAGGCCCUGAUGUGAACACCCUCUUGGUCAUUCCCCCUGACUACUUCCUGGACCUGUGUUCUACCCUGGGCCUACACACAGCUGCCUACACUGUGGUGAAGGAUGCAGAUGUCAUGGUCAGGAAGGAAGAGGUGAGUGCAGAAGUGAUGGCCAGGAAAGAGACGAGAAAAAAACGGAACACGGAAGGGGAAGUGUUCUACUUUCUGGAUGAGGAUGAGAACACUAUCGGCCUCACUAAGGUGAAGACGACAUGGUACACUGUCCUCCGUGCGUUGAGGGAGAAAGCCUGCUACACCUUCACAACAGCCAAGAAGAAGGAUGGCUGGACCCUGGAGACAGGGAUCUGCAAAACACACAAACGGUUCUCUGAAAUACAGGAGUGGCUCAAAUUCUCUGAUGACUACUUGGAGAAAUGGAAGGCUCAGAUCGAGCCCAAGUUCCUGGAUUCAUAG